AUGCCAAGAGUUAUCAUUUGCUUCCAUACAGCUGUCAAGUGUAAUCCUGACCCCGUUUUGGUACGUCUCUUAUCCAAGCUGGGAAUUGGCUUUGACUGUGCUAGUAAGGGAGAGAUUAGAUUAGCCAUCGAGAUGGGAGUCAGUCCACAAGAUAUAAUCUACGCUCAUCYCUGCAAGAAGCUAUCUCACAUCAGGUUUGCAGAACAAUGUGGAGUGUCGAUGAUGACCUUUGACUGCGAGUCAGAACUGCACAAGAUGAAGGAAACAAAUGGAGAGAAGAGUGGCAUUAAUCCGCGUGAUUGCAAAGGUCUUCUCAUGAAAGCGAAGAAUCUAGGACUGGAUGUCGUUGGCGUAAGUUUUCACGUAGGCUCCGAUAGCCUCGAUGCAAAGCCUUAUGGAGAGGCCAUUCAGACAGCUAAAGCGAUAUUUGAAACUGGGGAAAAGGUUGGUUUUUCCUUCAGCAUCCUGGACAUUGGGGGAGGAUUUCCGGGGAAAGAGGGCAAAUGCUCUUUUGAAGAGAUAUGCGAUGUGGUUAAUUCUGCCCUUGACAAAUACUUUCCUGUGGGAUGUGGGGUGAAGAUUAUUGCUGAACCUGGGAGGUAUUUUGCUUGUUCGCUCUACACUCUUGUGGCGAACGUUACGACCGUCAAAGAGAUCAAAAAGCAGGAAAGUCUUUUUGUGACAUUCAAGGACGGAGGCCCAGAAACAGUAAGUCGUUAG